AAUCCUCUCCCCCCCCCCCACUCUCGGUGCCGUUGCUAUCUAUCUCUCUAUCUAUCUAUCGAGUACGCACGUGCGUAAUGCACUGUUAUAUAGUAGUUGUAUCAUCCCCUCGUCGAUAUCGUCUGUUCAGCCUGGGCUAAGCGCUUAUAAGCAUAUUUAAUAGUACUGUGUUUAGUAAGCUGCUUAUCGCAUCCACGGAACCAGUGCCACCACAUCAUCGACAUCACGCUGACCUCCAACGCCCCGUCCGCCCCGCAACACCCGAGAUCUCAUAAUUUUAAUAUUGAUGGUUCUUCGAUUCUCGACGCGCCUGAAUUUGAUGAAACGACGAGACCACGCACAGGAACAGGAACAACCACACGCAUCAUGCACAUGCGUCGUACCUUGAACAAGUUUUGUCCGACGGAAUCGUUAACUUCACGAUCUAUCCAUCUUGCAAGGAAGGAUGCGUUGAGGAAGUUUUAUGAGUGUGGGUUUUCGUAUUCCAGGAAACUAACAGCCCACAAAUCAUGCGUCAACUACCUCGCCUUCUCGAGGCACGAUGGCAGAUGGCUCGCAAGCGCUGGAGACGAUUGCCGUGUGUUGCUUUGGGAUUUCAGUCAGGAGGACGUGUUUUGUCCAGGGCAUGCUUUUGCUGGGCCUAUGGGAAAUGUACUGGCGCUUGAUUUCUCAGCUACGAAUCAGUAUUUGUAUAGUGGAGGAGCGGACGAUGUUAUUUUGAAGUACGAUGUUUCGACGUUGCGGGAGGUUGGUAGUACUAGUAUUGGUGAGAGGGGUUGGUUGUCUUCCGUUGAACGGUACGGAGAUCACGAUGAUAGCGUCCGAGCGCUUACAUGCCAUCCAUACGAAGACGAGAUAUUUCUCAGCGCUAGCGAAGACGGAAAACUCAUACUGCACGACAGCCGUGCUGGAGGCAGAAUGAGCGCGGCGCAGGGGACGCUUCAACAUACGGCUGCAUUCACAGGCGUGCAACAUCACCCUGUUAUGGAGCAUGUUUUUGCGACUUGCGACGUGCAUGGGCAUGUUUGUCUCCGGGAUACGAGGAUGACGUUUGGGCCGUUGUCGAGACGGUCGAAUGGUGGGAUCGUGAGAGUGUAUAACACUGCGAAGUUGUCGAGAAAGUCGGCGGGUUAUCUUAGUAAUCCGGAGAGCAGCAGUUUGACUUUUGAUCGCGAUGGAGGCAAAUUAGCCGUGACGUUCCUUCACUAUUUCCCAACGAUAUACGCCACGUCAGAUCCACAUCCCCUGGCUAUAUGCACAGGUCGCAACACUCCCGAUGGAACCUCUAUCUCUCCGCCCCAACGAUCAUACACCAAUUCAUGUACGAUGAAAUCAGGCGCUUUCGGUGGUCCUGGCAUGGAUGAAGAUGAUAUGUACGGUGCUGGGUCUGAUGAUUUCAGGGCUUAUGUAUGGAGGAUUCCUCCUUUGAUGACUUUGCAAGGGCUUAGACAGGAGAUCACCCCUCAUGACUGGUAUGCCCGCGAAUGGCCGGAUACUGUAGCAUUUGCGGAAGGCAAGUGGGAGAGCAGAUACGUGCCUUAUGAAAUAUCGAUGCCAUUAGCGAGACUGAAUGGGCACAAAUCAAUCGUGAAUUCUGUUGCGAUUCAUCCGUCCUUGCUACAUAUCGCGACUUCGGGCGUCGAACGACAAAUCAUACUUCAUAGCCCUACGCCUUCGUCGCCUGCUGUUCAAAAUCUCCUUUUUACUUCACCGACUGUGAGGACGCUUCAACCACAAGAUCUAGCGGCGCAAAGAACGUUUCUACGAGCACUUUUUGGGCCACAUCCGACACUGCAUGAAGAUGAUGUUGAGGAUGAUGAAGGGGAGGAUGAGACGAUCUCACUUUUUGAUCAUAUUUUGAGAGCAGAGGGUGAAGCAGAUGUGUUUACAAUAAGACGUUGGGGAGAAGAUUCAGCAGAAGAUUCAGAAGAUGAAGAUGAGACGAUAAUCGAUGUCUUUGAUACCUCUCUUUCUGAUAGCUCCCUAUAAUUCGGUUCAAGCGAUGAUGGCAGUGCACUAUGGAUAAGCGCCUUAUUCUACCACAGCUUAUUUCCAUUCCGCGAUGAAGAGUCUGAUAAAGCUUUUCC